AUGUACGCCUUACAGAAAGGUAUAGCAAAUCGAAUAUUUAACAUUCGGCAGUGCUCUGGAAGUUUGAGGAAAUUACCUCGUCAUCUUGUUUCGAGGAAUCUUUCUCAAAAAUCCGCAAUUGGACAUGGUACUGGAUGUGUGAUUGCUUCUUCGCGUUUGAAUCCUGUUUUUAAAAGCAAUUGGGGGAAUUUGGGAUGGAGUCAACGAAGAUUCUAUGCUGCAAACCCGAAUGGCGGGACCUUUCGAAUGAAUUUAGGUGGAACACCAAAGCCUGGGGCAGCCUUGGAGGAAUUCGGUACUGAUCUCACUGCUCUAGCCAAACAAGGGAAGCUUGACCCUGUAAUUGGCCGUGAAGAGGAAAUCCAAAGGACAAUUCAAAUUUUGUCACGCCGCACAAAAAAUAAUCCAGCUCUGGUUGGCCCUGCGGGUGUUGGCAAGACGGCCAUUAUGGAAGGGUUAGCCACGAGAAUUGUCCGAGGAGAGGUCCCAGAGUCGAUGAAAGAAAAAACGGUAAUUGUUCUUGACUUGGGUGCUCUAAUUUCAGGUGCAAAAUUCCGUGGUGAUUUUGAAGAGCGCUUAAAGAGUGUUUUGAGCGAUUUGGAGGCUUCCGAAGGAAAGGUGAUACUUUUCGUUGACGAAAUGCAUCUUUUGCUUGGAUUCGGUAAAGCAGAAGGCUCUAUUGAUGCUAGCAAUUUACUCAAGCCGGCUUUAGCUAGAGGAAAGUUACAAUGCUGUGGUGCUACUACUUUGGAGGAAUACCGAAAGUAUAUCGAAAAGGAUGCAGCUUUGGCUCGUCGUUUCCAAGCUGUCAUGAUUUCUGAGCCUUCUCUUUCCGACUCAAUUUCCAUCCUCCGUGGUUUGAAAGAACGCUAUGAAGUGCAUCACGGUGUACGGAUCACGGAUGACUCUUUGGUUACUGCUGCCACCUAUAGCUCGCGUUAUAUCACUGAUCGGUUUUUACCAGACAAAGCUAUUGAUUUAGUAGAUGAGGCUUGUUCUUCUCUACGACUACAACAAGAAUCGAAACCAGAUGAACUUCGCCGUUUAGACCGCCAAAUUAUGACAAUUCAAAUCGAGCUUGCGUCUUUGAAAAAAGAGACAGAUACAACUUCGAUUGACCGUCGUGAAAAGCUAGAAAAGAAAUUGGCAGAUUUACGUACUGAUCAGGAAAAGCUCUCUGCCAUUUGGGAAGAAGAAAGAGGGGCCUUGAAUAAUAUUAAGGCCGCCAAAAUGGAUUUAGAAAAAGCUAGGAUUGAACUUGAGCGAACUCAACGCGAGGGGGAUUAUACUCGUGCUUCUGAGCUCCAAUAUGCCAUUAUUCCAGAAUUGCAGCGCAAGCUUCCUAAGGAAGAAGAAAACCUGGAGAAUAAAAGACCUUCAUUGGUACAUGAUUCUGUCACUAGUGAUGAUAUCGCACUCGUUGUUUCUCGAGCAACUGGCAUCCCAACCACAAACUUGAUGCGUGGGGAACGUGACCGUUUACUGCAUAUGGAGCAAACAAUCGGUAAAUCUAUUAUUGGUCAGGAUGAAGCUCUUCACUCUAUCGCGGAUGCUGUUCGCUUGUCUCGUGCUGGUUUGCAAAGCAGCAACCGUCCUUUGGCAUCUUUCCUAUUCUUAGGACCUACAGGAGUUGGUAAAACCGCACUGACCAAAGCUCUUGCUGAAUUCUUGUUUGACAGCGAGAAAGCAAUGAUACGGUUCGACAUGUCUGAAUUCCAAGAGAAGCAUACCGUAUCCCGUUUGGUUGGUAGUCCUCCUGGCUACAUAGGUUAUGAGGAAUCAGGCGAGCUUACCGAAGCUGUUCGUCGUAAACCUUAUGCCGUCUUACUUUUUGACGAAUUGGAGAAAGCCCAUAACGACGUUAGCAACAUCUUGUUGCAGGUGUUAGAUGAGGGAUUUUUGACGGAUGCUCAAGGACGUAAGGUUGAUUUCCGAUCAACCUUGAUUGUAAUGACAUCUAAUCUCGGCAGUGAGAUCCUUGUCAAUGAUCCUAGUAGUACUGUUACGCCAGAAUCGCGCAAAAAGGUGAUUGAGAUAGUACAGGGCUAUUAUCCUCCAGAAUUUUUGAACCGAAUCGAUGAACAAAUUGUGUUUAACAAGUUGUCUGAAAAGAAUUUGGAAGGCAUUGUCAACGUUCGUUUGGCUGAAGUUCAAGAACGAUUGAAUGAUCGUCGCAUUUUGCUUACCGUGAGCGAAAGCGCAAAGAAAUGGCUUGCCGAAAAAGGAUACUCUCCUUCCUACGGUGCCCGACCCUUGAACCGUCUAAUCCAAAAGAAGAUUCUGAAUACGUUGGCUAUGAGAAUCAUUCAAGGCGACAUAAAGUCGGACCAGAAUGUUUUGGUUGAUGUUUUGGAUGGAGAUUUAGAUUUUAAGACGUCCAAAUUGGAAUAA